AUUUAGAUCAGUCGUACGCGAAUCGCAAAGAAAAUCGCUCGCACAAUGAACGGCCUAGCGCGUAAACUAAUAUCCAGUGAAUUAAAAAAAAUAAAAUGGCAAAGGAAACUCUCUGUCAGCACGUCUUUGAAGAAAGACGAAGAUUUUAUUAUAAAGUCCUUUCUGCCGGAAAAGAAAAUUCCUGACAUGAAACUGUUGGAUAGAGUUUGGGUGGAGUCCGCGGGAUUUAAAAAGUUUAUUGCUUUGGAAUGUGCCGAGACAAAAAAAUCGUACACGUACGAGCAGCUUCAGCGCAACACGGCCAUUUUCGCGACAUCUCUCCUGAAGAAGCUUGGCUUGAAGCCAGGCGACACCGUGGCUAUAAUGCUACCCAACUGCCCGGAGUUUGUGGUGACCGCUUUGGGGAUCGUACAGGCUGGCUGUACCAUGACGACUAUCAACCCUAUUUAUAAAGAAUUAGAACUCACACAUCAGUUAUCUUUAACCAGUCCGAAAUUAAUAGUGACGACUUCACAAUGCUACGAUACAAUAAUAAAAGCAAUGCAGAAUGCUAAUCUAGAUAUGAAAAUUAUAAUAAAAGAUAGUUCAGAAACACCAAUACCAAAUGGAACGACCAGAUUCAGAGAAGUGGCAGAAAAUGGUGAAAUUGAUAAUGCUCUUUUGGAAAAAGUUGAAAAACGCAAGCCUGAUGAUGUAGCCGUCAUUCCAUUUUCGAGUGGGACCACUGGUAUGCCGAAGGGAGUGGAGAUCACUCACAGAAAUGUUAUUGCAGCUAUAGAAAUUAUGGACGAGGAAAGAAAUUGCUAUCCAAUGCUUGCAACUGAUUCGUUCCAAGAUGUAGUUCCGUGUAUAUUGCCAUUCUUCCACAUCUAUGGGCUGGUUAUUAAUCUACUCGGGCAUCUAUCGAAAGGGUGCAAACUUAUAACCAUGACUACGUUUUCUACUGGAUUAUUCUUAGAUAUUCUUAAAAAUCAAAAGGCCAGUCUCCUGUACAUAGUACCUCCUAUUGCUGUCUUAUUAGGCAAACAUCCAGAUGUGACCAAAGAUCAUUUGAAGCAUGUAAGACGAAUCACAAGCGGCGCCGCUCCGUUGUCCGCCUCUGAUGUCCAAUUGGUGAUGGAUAAAAGUAACGGUAACCUAGCAUUCGGGCAGGGAUACGGAGCAACGGAGAUGACCUCAUUGACUACGGCAAGUCUGAUCGGUAGUACCCCAGACUUCGCCGCCAGCGGGGUGCUAAUGUCCAACAUUGAAAUGAAGUUCGUUGAUCCCUUGACUGGGAACCCGGUUCCAGCUGGGAAACCAGGAGAAAUGUACAUACGAGGACCCGUAGUCAUGAAGGGAUAUCACAAGAAUGAACAAGCAACUGCAGACAGUUUGACAGAGGACGGCUUUUACAAGACCGGCGACUUGGGCUACUACGACAAGAAUGAAGGGCUUUACGUCACGGACAGAAUCAAGGAACUUAUUAAGGUUAAAGGUCUCCAGGUAAUGCCAGCAGAAUUAGAAGGCAUCCUGCGAUCUCACCCUGCCGUAGCUGAUGCAGCGGUCAUUGGCAUCCCUCAUGAAUUCUACGGCGAAGCACCAAGAGCAUUUGUCAUACCUAAACGCGGGUUCAAACUCUCAGAAGAGGAACUGCAAGGCUUCGUGGCAGAGAAGGUGGCACCCUACAAGAAGAUAGAAGAGGUAGUCUUCGUAAAUGAUAUACCAAAGACGAAUACGGGAAAGAUUUUGAGACGAGAGUUAAAGAAAAUGUAUGCGUAAGGCGCUGGUUUGGGUGAAAUUUUAUUAGUGAGAUGAUAUGAGGAGUGUCUUUUCAAAAGGGCUUAUUUCCAUUUUAUCUUUUUUUUAAACUAUGAAUGCAGUUUUUCUUAGUAUAGAAAAUUACGUGUUGUUUUGAGAUUAAAGCUCAAAAAGUCUCGCCUUG